UCCAAAAACAAGAUGGCGGACAGAUAAACGCAGUUAAAAAAGUUAUCGUCGCUUUUCAGUAAAACAACAUGAAAGAUCUUCGAGAAAAACUCAACAAAAGUCAAGAAAAGCACAACUCAAGUCAGAAUGUUAACAGAAAGAGAAGUAAUUCAGGCUCAUUUGUCGAGAAAAGCAAGCAUUUGAGUAUGGACCCGGAUCUGGAGAUCCACAAAGUCCAACAAGGCAUAAAGCAACGAAUACUAUUUGACAGGGAAGAUUGCGAAAGAAUUGAAGCUAAGAUCGAUGAAGUCGUUCAACAAGCAAACGAAGGAGCUUUCAAGGACAAAACUGUCGAUAGAGCUCCAUUGAGAGUGAAAUAUUUCUUCGGUGAAGGUUAUACCUACGGCAAGCAACUAGUUCAGCGAGGACCUGGCGGAGAAAAACUUUACCCUAGAGGUGAAGUCGACGAGAUUCCACAGUGGAUUCACGAAAUGGUCAUCUCAAGGCUCAUUAAAGCUAGAAUUGUUCCUAAAGGGUUCAUAGACAGUGCAGUUAUCAACGACUAUCAGCCCGGUGGUUGUAUCGUAUCCCAUAUCGACCCUUUGCACAUCUUUGAUCGUCCUAUCGUAUCGUGUUCGUUCUUUAGCUCCUGUUCGCUUAGCUUUGGUUGUAAAUUCGUCUUUAAACCAAUUCGCACAUCGCCGCCAUUACUGUCUCUGCCAUUGCCUCGGGGUUCUGUAACCACAUUAAGUGGAUAUGCAGCUGAUGAAAUAACCCAUUGUGUAAGACCUCAAGAUGUUGUCUCAAGACGUGCUGUUAUCAUAUUGAGAAGAGUUUAUCCCGAUGCUCCUCGUCUUGAACCAUUUAUGAUCAAGUCAUAUGGUCAAGAAAACUUUGUACAAGAUGCAGAGAAUCCAACCUCUCCUUCUGAAAGUCCACAGAAUGUACAUGCCUCUGAAUCAAUAGUGCAAGAAGACUCAGAGGGAAGCGAUAAAGAAACUGAGCAAGUGAGUGAUUCUGAAACACCCAAAAGAAGGCGCAUUGUCUUACAACGAGGGUACAAGCUGGAUGGGUCCUCACGGAAAGCCAAAGAAUAAAAGCUUAUCGACAGAUUGAACAAUUGAGUAUUUCCCAGAGAAAUUCAAUAGAAGGUGCAUUGUACAUAGUGAAACUCUUUGAUGUUGCUGUUUGACGAUUGCAUCUGGAAUGCAAUAAUGUUAGAAAUAAAUCUAGUUUCAUGUAAUUUGCUGCUGGACAACUUUACUAUUGAUAUUACUUUGUCUCUCCACUACAGUAAGGCGUGAACUUUAUUUACAAAUAAUUUUAGUACAGUUUCCAAUAUCAGAUGGCCUAUCUGGUUACACUGUAAAUCUGCGAAACACACAAUGAUGAUACUAUAAUGAUUUUUUUUUGAUAGAUGACCAAUUUUAAAUGAACUCUUAACAUUUAUGGCAGCUCCAUUUGAAGAAAUUAUUGUGUUUUACUAAUGAUGUAGCUGUCGCAACAUCACACAUGUUGAUAUCAACAAAGAUAUUUUAUCAAACGACACACAAUUAUUGAAAAGAUUUGAAAUAAAGUUUAAUAUCUAACUGUUUUUUAGAGAGACAUUGAUUUGGGUAUAACAGCUAUAAUUUGUUCUUGUUAUUAAUGCUUUGAUAUGAAAGAGUCUUUGAGCACUAUGCUGUAGAGUUAAAUUUGAAUUUGUGGGCUCAUUCUAGGUACUACAGAAUGUAGUAUUUCAAACUUUCAAAAAUGCGCAUUUAUUUAUCCUUGGAGAGAGAUUUGAUGGCCUAGUGAAUAAGGCAUUGGACUUUGGGUCUGCAAUGUGGGUUCAAUAGCUAACUUGCGAAUUUGGCCUCAUUAGACAUACACAAAGGAAUCAAGACGAAGCGCCGUGCAUAAAGCUCAGACAUUCAUGAAAUGACAAUAGUUUUUCAAGAUUGACUGAGCUUUAAGCACAGCACCUUGUCUUGAUUCUUUUGUGUUGACUACUGAGGUGAAAUUUGCAAAUUGGCUAUUCACAUCACAUUCUCAGACAAAAUAUCUAUUUCCUGUAACACUGUGAAAGGGUCUACAUUUGUUUCAAUUGAAAUGCUUGCUGAUUUGCAUGGAGCUGCUUACAUAUUUUGUGUCAAGUAUUAGUUGAUAAGUAUACCUAUUAUUACACUUACUAUUCUGAGUUUUACUCAAAGAAAAAUUCAAUAUAUUGUUAGAAAGAGUUUAUCUUAAGUUAGCCUUGCACACCAAGAAAAUUUGUACUUUCGUUACAAGAAACGUCAUAUUGAAAUAACAUUAUUGUUAAUGAUAGCUGUAUGUUACUCUAGCUUUCAUCCUCUCUGUGUGUACCAAAGUAGGGGUAUGCAGCAAUCACUGUACAUAUGGUUUUGAAAAAAUACCAAACACUUCAAAAAAGACUUAAAAUAGCAAAUUUCUAAUAAUUCUCCAUUUCAUGACCUUUAGUCAUUCCUUCAUUCUUCAUAAAGAACCUAUUUUCUUUUAUCCUUUUUCAUUUGUUCCAAAAUUUAUCAUACAUGGCUAUGAAAUCAUAGAGAAUAUAUAUGUAUUAUAUUUUAGAGGAGCUUAAUAGUGUUUAAUUUAUAUGAUCAGCUAUAAUUGUAUAUCUGAAGUAAUUUGUAAUAAAUGCGUUUAGAGAGAGUAA